CAGCUCUCAAAUACGAUGAUACUUUCCAGAGUCAAGGUCUCUCCGGCGGGAGCCUCCAGAUCACAAAGGUAGGUAGUAUCUUGUAUCUGCAUGGAUAGGUGCCCAGGUUCCUUGGUGCUACUGGGAUUUCACCGAUGGGACGGGUCUCAGCGCUAGACCUGUUCUGGGACCUCAGCCAACUGAACCCUUCAGUCGCUGUGUCUUCAGUUAAUUAUCCCUUUGGAGGCCAGAGAACCACUUCGUAUUCCUGUCAUAUUACCCCUUCGCUCAGUCUCGUCUGCUACGUCCAUUUCUUCCUUUCCUCUUGUCUGUCUUAUACCUCUUCAAAGGCUACAUUGAGAGUUGAGCCGUUUAUACGAAUUUAUCCAACCCCCCUAUCACUUACUUAUUCCUGAGCUGUCCCUCGCGGCGCAUCUCGAAAACAGCUUCAACAUUUAAUCAAUUUGAUGCCCUCGACUUCCUCGCGAUAGCUGGUGCUGUCGCAUUCUCUGGCAUACUCGAAUACUUCGCUGCAUUUCAGGCGCAUUAACACAGCUCUCAUGGCCCGACCCAUGGGGGCGGUUCGUCUCAAGAAGACGAAUCCCUUGACCCUCGCGCUUGGAGCGAUCCUGUGCAUCUUCAUCAUCGUCUUCCUCGUCUCCCCGUCGGGCAAAUCCGCAACCGCUCGCCGAUUCGAGUCCAUAACUGCAGAACAUCAUCUCUCGCCGCCGACUUCACCGUACCGAAAGUCAAAAUCCCGAUCUGGCGUACCGCUCAAGCCACCACCGGUUGUGCACUACAACCUUAACAAUGUCACCAUUACGACUUCGCCCAUCGCGAACCGAGAAAAUGUCCUCAUCUUGACCCCCAUGUCUCGAUUCUAUCCCGGCUACUGGGACAAUCUUUUGCGCCUGACCUAUCCUCAUGAACUUAUCACGUUGGGGUUCAUCCUACCCAAGACCAAGGAGGGCAACCAAGCCACCACCGAACUCCAAGAACACAUCCACAAGACACAGAAGCAUGGCCGUGAGGGUGACAGAUUCAAGAGCAUCAUCAUUCUUCGUCAAGAUUUUGAUCCUGCCAUCGUGUCGCAGGAUGAAGCCGAGCGCCACAAGCUUAAAAACCAGAAGGCCCGUCGCGAGGUUAUGUCCAAGGCCCGGAAUUCACUACUGUUCACGACUCUCGGACCCGAUACCUCCUGGGUCCUGUGGCUAGAUGCCGACAUCAUUGAGACUCCUACAACCCUGAUCCAGGAUCUCGCCUCGUUUGAUAAGCCGCUCAUUGUCCCAAACUGCUUCCAGCGAUAUUACGACGAGGAACAUAAGCAAAUGGCCGAGCGGCCAUACGAUUUUAACAGCUGGCAAGACAGUGAAACAGCACUGGCACUCGCUGCCAAGAUGGGACCCGACGAAAUUCUUCUCGAGGGCUACGCUGAAAUGCCAACAUACCGAAUGCUUAUGGCAUACCUGGCUGUCGAGGGCGGUGACCGUAAUCUGGUCAUCCCACUUGAUGGAGUUGGAGGUACUGCCCUUCUAGUCAAGGCAGAUGUGCAUCGCGAUGGUGCCAUGUUCCCUCCCUUCCCCUUCUACCAUCUUAUUGAGACUGAGGGAUUCGCCAAAAUGGCUAAGCGAUUAGGCUGGCAACCAUACGGCCUGCCCAAUUACAAGGUCUAUCACUAUAACGAAUAACGUUGCCACGCUGUCACGAGGGCAACAUGAUCCAUCCCCUUUGACGGGCCCUGUUUUCUGGUUCCUAUGCCAAGAAGACAAGCAUGCUGCUCUGGGAUUAGGGCCUUGAGUAGUUGCUUAAUACACAUUGUUGGGCAAAUUCACGAUUCACUUUGGGCGGGUACAGGUCAUGGCGUUAAUAGUGCAUCCUCUGAACAUUUAUUCUAAAACAGAGGGGAAUGGAAGCCUUGUUGCCAGAAGAAAAAAAGACAAAGACAAAGACAAAGACAAAGACAAAGAAAAAGAAAAAGAAAAAGAAAAAGAAAAAGAAAAAGAAAAGAAAGAAAAGAAAAAAUAUCGCAAUAGCUUCAGGGAAGAUAUCGUGCCUUGCUAAAGAUAUGCAUAUUGUAUUGGCGUACAAAUUUCCGUAAGAACAUUCGGGCAUUCAUUGCAGAGCGAAUGUGGAGGAAGAAUCAUGGAAUACCUAGGUACCUUAGAUCGGCAUCUGCGAGUGCGCGUGUUGAGCUGUUCAAAUACAAGUUUUGAGGAAAUUCUCAAAUAAAUUGUCCUCUCGUGGAUGUUGUUGCUCAAAUUGAGUUCGUAUUUGCAAUAUUAUUACUGAG